CCUGCGUUAUUCAACCCUCUUUGCAGCGCAUCAGAGGGGAAAGAUGGUGAAAGAAACGGGCUACUACGACCUCUUGGGCGUCAAGCCGGGCGCCACCUUGGACGAGAUCAAGCGCGCGUACCGGCGGCUGGCGCUGAAAUACCAUCCCGACAAGAACCCCAGCGAAGGAGAGCGGUUCAAGCAGAUCUCGCAAGCCUACGAGGUGCUGUCGGACACCCAAAAGAGGGCGUUGUAUGACCGGGGCGGGGAGCGGGCCAUGAAAGAAGGUGGCACGGGAGGCCGAGGAGGAUUCGGGUCCCCGAUGGACAUAUUCAACAUGUUCUUCGGAGGAGGGGUGCGGAUGCCUGGCCGGCCAGAGAGGAGAGGAAAGACAGUGGUGCAUCCGCUCCCAGUGACCCUGGAGGAUCUGUACAACGGCACCACCCGAAAGCUGUCCCUGCAGAAGAACGUCAUCUGCAGCAAGUGCAACGGCUGCGGGGUCCGGGAGGGCGUCGACAGCAGGUGCCCCAAGUGCCACGGCACCGGCAUGGAGUUUCACGUCCACCAGUUGGGGCCCAGCAUGAUCCAGCAGAUCCAGACCAUGUGCUCGCAGUGCCAGGGCCAGGGCGAGUGGGUCCGGCCCCUCGAUCGCUGCCUCACCUGCAACGGCAGGCGGGUGGUGCGGGAGAAGAAAAUCCUGAACGUCCACCUGGACAGAGGCAUGCAGGACGGGCAGAGGAUCACGUUCCACGAGGAAGGGGACCAGGUGCCCGGCCUAGAGCCUGGGGACGUGGUCAUUGUCCUGGAUCAGAAGGAGCACCCUGUCUUCCAGCGCGUCGGCAACAACCUGGUCCUCCGAAAGGAAAUCAGCCUGGUGGACGCUCUGUGCGGCUUCAGGCAAGUUGUCCGCACUCUGGACAACAGGACCCUGCUCGUCUCCUCACAGCGCGGUGACGUCAUCCGGCCGGGAUCCGUGAAGUGCGUCCCUAACGAGGGCAUGCCCGUCUACAGAAGUCCCGCCCAGAAGGGCCGGCUCAUCAUACACUUCCAGGUGAGAUUCCCAGAGCCAGGCUGGCUGUCCCCGGACCGUCUCCGCCAGCUCCGCACCUUCUUCCCCCCGCAAGAAGAAGUCAUGGCGACGGAGGACAUGCAGGAGGUGGAACUGAGUGACUACUUCUCCCAGCCGGGACACUGGUGGCAACCCCACACCGGCGAGGCCUACCACAAAGACGACUUCGAGGAGGCCUCACACCCGCAUGUCCAGUGCCACACGUCAUAGCCCCCCCGGGCGGCCGCCCCCUCCCUGGAGCGGGGGGGGAGGACGGGGCGAGGGGGGCGGUUCGGAAGGUCGUGCGGUUCAGGGAUGUAAAUAGUUAACGCUGCCACCGGUCCUGUUCGGCGUAGCUCCGGCCUGGCUCGGUCGGUCCCCGGAGGGCGCCACAGAGCCCCUGCAGCAGGAGGAGGCUCAGCACGCGGAGUUCCUCACAUCCCACAAGCACGUUCUCAAGGGCUCAGGAUCCAGCUAACAGUAGUUGCUGCCUCCGAGGAGCGUAGUGGUGUAAAAGGGUCUCCGGGCACAAUGCAUCAGGAUCAAUGUCUGCAGGGAUCAUUCACCGCUAUCGCUCUGGGGGCCUGAUUCUCACUCACACCGAAGCCCCUUUAGGCCCCAGUGAGGAGGCCUUAAAGUGGGAGUAACCGUACCCCGCGCCCACAAACAGGCCCCUUUCGUGCUGCCAGAGCAGCAUCAAAGAACCUUAGUUGUCCUUGAGAAUCGGGUCCUUGGGUUUAAACCCCUUCCAGAUUCUCCACUCAGCCCCAUGGGAAUUUGACUGGCUUUAGUCAACGUGCCGUGUUUGCACUAAAGCUUCGUGCAGUUUCGCGACCUGCUCCGGGAGUUUUGCUUCCUCCUCUGCUUUGGGUGGACUCUCCGGCUUCCCCGCCUGAGCUGCAGAGACGCGCUCGCUCGCUCGAUCUUCUUUUGCACAUUUAAGCAAAAGGAGCUGUUUUCCCGGGGAGGGAAUAACAGGGACUUUUUAAACAAAGCCGGUUUUCCUCCGCUUGGAAAACGCCAGCAGCUUCGCAAAGACACCUGCCCGCUUGGGUUUUCCACUGACUCGCUUUCCCUUAGCAAGUAACAGAAUGUGGAAAGAAUUCUGAGGGGUCAGUGGCACUUAACGACAGAUAAUCCCGAGCCUGGAAUCAGAUCCGCCCGGAAGGAGGUCUAGGGGCCAAGAUCUAGUCUGAGGAGCCUGGGUCUGCUUCGCAGAUCUCUACUGCCGACCCUGUCGGUAGCACUGAAAUCCCAGGGCUUGAUUCCCAAGUGCCCUGCCCUGUUGUUAUUUACAGCAGCGCAUAGUCGGCGCAAAAUGCUACUGGAUCAGAACCGGUGUGAAUGCACCAGGCGUAGGGCUGUGAAGAAUCAGUCCGGCCCACAGGCGUUUGGGGAUUGCAGCGCCAUCUACUGGUAGUCCUGAGCUAUGCGCUAUCCCAGAAUAAAACAUGGCUCAGCUGUUUCUUUCAAGGUCAUACAGUUGCUUUUUCUUUUCAUUGGACGGAGAGGGCUCUUGAUGCUUCUUGGUUUUAAUCGCCUUCCUUUCUCGUCUGUCUGGGCCGUGGUGCGUUCUGCUGGUUCACCUUGGGUCUGUCCAGUCAGCUGAACUUUUUACAAUGCAAAAUACCGUUGAGUUUACUUCUCACCCCUGUGCCAGGCCGCGUAGCUAGAGGCUCCGCUUCUCCCGUCACUCCCAGGUUAAUGCGCCCGCCCCUCUGGGGUGGUCGAUUGGAAAUCUGCCACGCCGCUCACAGUAGCAAAGGCUGCCACUCAUUAAUGCUGAAGGCUGAUUUGUGCUGCCAUCUUCUCACUGAAAUGCUAGAGGUGGUUAAAGAAUCAUUCGGGUCCUGAAGGUCCCACACUGAGGCUCAUGGGCUGGGAGAGGACCUAAGAAGUAGACCUGAGUUUGAGAGACCCACAGUAUCUGGUAGCAGAAUGCAAGAGAGUAUGGCUGAGUGGUUAGAGCAGGCAAUUGGGAGGCAGAAAAUGUGGCUUCUGUUCCCCGCUCUGCCGCUGUGACUUCAGCAAGGCUCUGCCUCAGUUUCCCCAGCUGUAAAGUGGAGAUCAUGCCUACAUCACAGGGGUGAGCUGAGAGACUUAUCUCCCUCCUUGGACGGCAGGAGCAAAGUGCGGAGUCUUCUCAGGAAACCUCCCUGCCCAGCUCACGGUACAAACCCUGCGCUCUCCACUGCCCUGAAACUGGCCCCAAGCACUUCCUCUUGCGGCCACAGCUGAUCAGCAGAGAGCUCUGUUUGUGGCACUCUUCUUCCUGCAGUCACCACUCCUUGAGUCAUUCCGGGAAGCCGAGACCCAGAGCACAGAGUACUGGCCCGCAGCAGACGGGGGUUGGAGGUGAGCAGACUGCGUCGGGUGAAGAAAAGCUGUAGCCUGGGUGUUCUGACGGACGGUCGCCUGUUGCCAGCACAUGGGGGGAGUGGAAGCAACAGGAAACGCAUGUGAUCAUUGAAGGAAGACACCAGUCCUGCCGCAGCCUUUCUUGUGACUUCCUGUGAAGCAGCCAGUACUGGCCAUUGUGAGAGACAGGCUACCGGAUAGAUGGAUUCUGGGUCUGAGCCAGCCUGGCAGUUCUUGUGUGCCACAGGCAAGCUGAACGUUAAGUGACUGCAACAUCUGGGUUGAGGAUUUAAACCGUCAGCCAGGUGGGGCCACGGGGGAGUCUUGCUCGAGCAGCAACUGUGUUCUGGACCAGGGGGUUAAACACAAAAAAGUAUUGGCCUAGGGUGAGGGGCACUUGGGAAAUAGGGAGAGCUCCCACCCCGGUUAAGACAGGUGUGUGGCUCCUCUGUUAUGUAGACCAUGGUACGUACCGAACCAUAGUGGUUAGGAAAAGCGCCGCAUGCAGUGGUGCUGACUUGAUUCUGCUGCAGGGGCCUGGAGCUCUCUCGUUGAAUCCGACGCUUCCAGUCAGCCCAGGGGGGAUCUGAGAGUCAAGCUGGUGCAUCUUUAUCUUGUGCAUCGUCACUGGUGAACGUUCCUCCAGGCCCUUCGGGGACGCCUGUGCAGCAGGGUGAACAAGACUCCAGUCCAGCUCCCCUGCUCGGCUCUGGGGUUAAUGAGAGGUCGAAGGGCUGCUCUGAGCUGCCUGCCGUCUGCAGGGCUUGUGGCACGCCUGGAGCAGAGCCGAGGAGUAGAGACCGGGCUGUUGCGCACUCCCUUCAGGCCAGGCCAGUCGCUUCAUCUGCCCUUUCAAAUGAACGAUCCCCCGCCUCUCCCCCUGGGCAGUGGCAUCCACCCCCCAUCCUGCACCCCAUGGAGCCAGUCUCCACUGCAGGGGCAGAAACUCCCAAGCCAGCUUGGAACGGGGGAAGCUCAUCUUGGCUAAACAAUCUCCCCCCAGUGUGUGUGACGCCCCUGGCUCGUGAGCUGCAUGUUUCCUCCAGGGAGGGAGCGCUGACUAGUGGUUAGAACGGGGGCUGGGAGUCAGGAGGCCUGGGUCCUGUCCCAAGCUCUGGAAGGGGCUGGGUGGGUGUUAGGGGUUAGAGCCGGAGACUGGACCCCUUCCUGAUAGGGCGGAGCCAGGCCUGGCUUUGAGCCCUCCCUGCACCUAGACAGAUCCCUCUGCAUCUAGGGGCCAGCGCGCCUCCCAGCCCCGCCCCAGGAUGCCCUGGGGCAAUGGCAAACCCACCUCAUUGGCGAUUCCUCCCCGGGCUGGGAAAUAGGCUCUCCGGGGUGCAGCUGACAAAUUCAGGCUGCUGUCACCCCCUGUGUGUAAAUGGGGGGGGCGAGGCCUUAGCCCCAGGGUUCUCGACUUGGGGGUCACGAGAGGUGUCGGGAUCAAAGCUAAAGGGAAAGGCUGGGGGGAGGCACCUUAUCCAGACAUCAGCUGCCCCCAGGGUGUUUGGGGAGGGUCCGUGUUCUCUGUGCACGGGAUGACUGCACCGCUAUGGCCAUUGGCGUCCUGGCCAGGUUUAUGCUCAGGCUGAGGAUACAGGGUACAAACCUUGCUAAUUAUCUCAGGGGCUGCUGUUCCCUCCCCCCCCCCCCCCGGGACCCUUUGCACCAGCUCUGGCAGCAUAAAGGGGCCAGGGGGAUUCACACUUGCUGUGAGGCCCUUGGGCUGGCAGAGCAGUGGGGAAAAGGGACCUGGGAAAUGAGACUCGGGCCCUUCUGCUUAACUUUCUUUAGUCAGUUUCUUUCUUCGCGCAAAGCCUAAAUCAGGCUCCAGGAAGUAGUGGGGGGAGGGGGAUUUUCUUUCCUUUUUGCACAGAAGGGAGUUUUUUUAAAAAAAAAUAAUUUAUUUUUGAAAGGAUUUUAAAUUGGUGUCUGUCUGUCUCUUUUUUUUUUCUUUUGGGAAACUUUGUACAUGGCAUUAAAAGCAAAUCCGAG